AUGACGAGUACAAUCGGGGUGACUGAUCGUCGUGCAUUGGCGGCAGCACAGAGUUCUCCCCCGCCUCGGUCGUCCGCAGCGUCGCGUCGCGUCACUCCGCCGCGGGACGCCCUGUCGGUGGAGCCGAGCGUCGUGGACGAACUCCUUUUGGUGUGCGGUGUCAUCGGAACGACGGUGUCCGAUACGGACACUCCGGAUCGCAUCGUCCCCGUGGCGGACUGUCUCAACUGGUUGCAGGAUUUGCAACGCGCCCUCCGUCGCGACGACGAUCAGUACCGACCCAUCUCGCUCCUCAUGGCACAGUGGAAGAUUGUGCCGCAGAAACUCCUGCCCCUCGUUGAUUCCUGCCGGUACGAUACCGAUCUGGUACUCACCGUUGCCAAGAUUCUCGUCAUUCUCACCAAGCCACUCGCCGAGUCUACCGAGCGCGCCGGGAAACUGCCGAUUGAAACCAAAACCAAGACCACCGAAGCAGUCAUCCGGGAACAGAUCCGACUACGCGAGAAUGCUGUGCAACAAGCGGAAGCCCGUAUGGAGUACAAACGCGCCAUUUGUCACUACCAUCACGGUCACACCCACGAUUCCAACCCCACUAAAAGUGGAGGUGGCAUUCUUUCAAUCUUUGUCUCGCUCUUGGCUGAACCCUUGUCCAAGUCGGGCACCGCCCGCACCGAAGCGGACCAUCUAAAGAUCGAACUCGUCUUGCACUUGUUCCGCAAUCUGCUGUCGGCUGAGCCAUUGUUGCACUCGAGUGCAGCUGCUGUCGCGCAGGCACAGACGCUCCACGACGACUGCGUCGUCUUGCUCGACCAGGAACUUGUCCUCGAAAUUCUGCUCGUCCUCGGCGCCGAUAUUGAACAACGCGAAAACUUGCAGUACAAUCUACUGCUCAUGGAACUGGUGCACCAUUUGUUGCGCCAUUACGAUCCCGCCGUCGUUGCUCGGGCGGUUCCUUCCCCGACGGGCGCCGCCGCGGCGCUCCCGCCCAAGCCCAGACCGGGCCUCUUGUCCCAGUCCCUCCAACGCGAAAAACAAAAAUUUCACGCCCCAAUCAUGUCCCGCCACGCCCAUUUCGGUGGCACGCUCGUCGUGAAACAGGCGCACAAUCCGACCCAACAGCAGUACGUGAGUACGGCCGCACUCGGCCCGGGUCACCGGUCCGCGCCGCUCGCGUCCAAGCGCAAAACCAAAAAGUCGGAACCCUUCAUCGGCUCCAAAUCACACCCUUCCCACCACACGCGCACCGCCGCCACCCUGACUCCGUCCCGACAAAAGGCCGUCGCCGUACUCCAGGCAUUCUGCCAACGCUGGGUUCAAGACUGUUACGGACCCGUGACCAAGUCGCUCAAACACGAAUUUCGACGCGAUUCCGUCCGCCUCGAAGAAUCGGACCGGAUUACCUUUUUUCGCAUGGUCUGGUUCUUUGCGCGGUGGUGGAGGUUGUCGCCCGCUGCCGUCCGCAGUCGCCAAGUGCAGCAGGAUGAUACAGUUUCCAAUCAGAGUGCCGUUGGCCAACUCAUCUUCACUAUGGACGUCUUUGCCUUCAAUCUGGUCUUGAACGCGACGGAUACCUUUCAACAGCAUAAAAAGUAUGCCCGAUUGGCGCUAACGGUCGCGCUCUUGGGAGAAAUGAUGCACUUGUUGACCGCCAUGUAUUCUUCCCAGGAAUCCACCGAGCAAAUAAUGGCCAUGGGUUUAAUGGACCGGCUCUUUUACGGCAGCGAACCGCUUGAUCGAUUGCCGAAAUUGUUGUCGAGCUGGCAGCCGGGAUCGUCCACGAGGGAUUACUUGUGUGAUUUGGUUGAAGUGGUACACGUGCAGCUCAAGCUUUUGGACACACACGCGCAGGCCUGUCGCAAUGUGGACACGAGUCAAGCCAAGCACGAUACCGUGGCCAAAAUGAAAUUGGCCGCGGCCGACUUCGAUACCACUCACUACCUAACACGACGCAUCAUUUCGAAUCAUGUCGUGUACAUGUAUACACAACUUCUGACACAAUACGAUGUCAACGCGGCACACGUGAAUCACCGCAUAGUGGCUUUUUUACUGCGUCUUACCAAGCUGCAAAUUGCCGGAACGGUCGAGCCGGAAGACGUGGUGUUGCCCGCACAGAAACUUUUGACAGCACCUAACGUCACUCUACAGCCAAUGCUUUACAAUUUCCAAGUGCUCCGCGUUUUCCAGACGAUUCUGAACGACAAAAGUAUUCGGCGAGACAAGGACUAUGUAACACUGUUAGCGUUUGCGGCUGGCAUUGUCCACGACUUCGCCCAGGCAGCCGAGCGCAAUCCGGUCCUCUUCGUUGAGGCCCUAUUCAAGCAUCCCGUACCGCAUCGGUUCUGCGAAUACAGUGCUAAUUUGUACGUGACCGAGGAGCUGCGCAUGAUUGCCGAGCGUGAGUUACUGCUCGAGGAACAGCGAAAGUUCGAAGAACAAGUUGCCGCUGUCCGUGACGAUGACGAUUCGGAAGAUGAACUCGAAUUCGAAGAUUUGGAAGUGGAAUCCGAGGUUGCAACUAAAACAGUUAGCCUCGGGAGUAAACGAAAGGUUCUUUACGAUAGUGACAGUGACGAAGGUGAGACCGAUCCUGCUCCCUCGCUUCCAGCCGGAACUACCUCUUCGCGAGAGGUGGAGACUGGUGACAGCGAGGAUAGUAGUGACGACGACGAGAAAAUACGGGAGUCUCUUGAGCAGGAACACUCUUCUAUACUGGGCGACUUUGCAAAGACUGGCGUCGUUGAUCCCGACCAUUCAUCAGACGAGGAAGAGUUCGAUCGAUGGGUGGAAGAACCGCCACUCAAGAAAAAGAGAAGUGUUGACGAGGAUGAUCAGUGA